AUGGAGAUAUUAUUCUCUCUGCAAUUUUUCCUUUGUCUAGCUUUCCUAUCCAUUUCUGUCUACCUACAUUUUUACACUACUCGACCAAAGAAAUCAACAAACAUCGGCUUUAAAAACUACCCGAUUCUCGGAUCCCUACCGGAAUUCCUGAAGAACCGGCAUCGCUUCCUCGACUGGACCACAGAAAUUCUCCGCAACUGUCCCACCAACACAGCCGUCUUCUUCAGCCCGGGAAAAGUCCACGCCAUCGUCACGGCCAACCCACUAAACGUGGAGCACAUCCUCCAGAUCAACUUCGAGAACUACCCGAAAGGCGAGCGGGUCAUCUCUCUCUUCAAUGAUUUUCUCGGAGACGGAAUCUUCAACGCCGACGGUGAGCUCUGGAAGGUCCAGAGAAAGACGGCCAGCUAUGCAUUCAACAUCAAAUCCCUAAGAAACUUCGUUAUGGAUAAUGUCAGCUUCGAGAUUGAGACCAGGUUGGUUCCGCUUUUGGUGCGAGCCUCCGACACGGGGUGUCGUUUAGACCUCCAGGACGUCUUGGAGCGGUUUGCUUUCGACAAUAUCUGUAAGAUGGCUUCCAACGUCGACCCGGGUUGUCUCGGCGGUGAUGGAAAAUCCGCCGCCGAGUUUAUCCGGGCGUUUGAUGACGCAGCCACGCUUUGCUCUGGAAGGUUCUUUUACGCCUUUCAAUUUAUUCUCAUGUUCAAAAAGCUUUUCAACAUUGGAUCAGAAAAGAGAUUACGAGAAUCAAUCGAAAUCGUUCACAACUAUGCAGAUAAGAUAAUAAGGUCUCGAAUGGAAAACAAUAGCUACAAACAACAAGAAGAUUUGUUGUCUCGGUUCAUCGAAAAUGACAACAACAACUCCCCGGAGUUUCUCCGUGACAUCAUCAUAAGCAUGAUCCUCGCAGGCCGGGACACGACGUCGUCUGCUCUAUCUUGGUUCUUCUUUCUUUUAUCGUCUAGGGCAAGUGUCCAGCUCAACAUUCUGAAUGAGCUCGAAGCCAUUCGUGCCCGAAACGGAAAAAGAAUGGGCCAUACGUACGGUUUUGACGAGCUCAAAGACAUGCACUAUUUACAAGCAGCGAUUCUGGAGGCCAUGAGACUCUACCCUCCUGUGCCGGUGGACUCAAAACAGUGCAUUAACGAUGACGUCAUGCCGGACGGGACAGUGUUGAAGAAAGGGUGGUUUGUGACGUACCAUGCCUAUGCGAUGGGGAGGAUGGAGACGAUUUGGGGGAAGGACUGCAGAGAGUAUGUGCCGGAGAGGUGGAUCGGCGAGGACGGUACGUGUCAGCAGGAGAGUGCGUUUAAGUAUCCGGUGUUUCACGCCGGGCCGAGAAUGUGUCUCGGGAAAGACUUGGCGUUUAUUCAGAUGAAGUCCAUUGCAGCUUCGGUGAUCGUGAGGUUUGAGGUCGACGUAGAAGAUAAAGACACGUCUCCUGCGCAUUUGUUGUCCAUGACGCUUCGAAUCAAAGGUGGACUAGCAGUGAGUGUGAGGAAGAGAUGCAUAUAA